GUUUUAAGUUCGAGGUGUGCGUUUCAGUGAAACUUGAACUUGAAUUAUGAGGAUAUAUCAGACAUUUUUGGCGUUGCUGGGCCUGUUCAUCUGUGGAGUCUGUGGACAUACCGUGCCCUUACACAACUACGCCCCCGCACAUGAUGAAUAUAAACCGACUGAUUACAGCUUUAGUUAUGGGGUCAAAGAUUUGCACACGGGAGAUGUAAAGCAUCAAUGGGAGAAGAAGGACGGCGACACAGUGAGAGGUCAUUAUUCCCUUGUUGAGCCGGACGGAUCAGUCCGUACAGUGGACUACACAGCUGACGAAAAGCACGGAUUUAACGCCGUCGUUAAGCACUCCAACCCCGGCUACCACCCCUUACCCAAAACGCCGACCAGCCACAGUGAGUUGUUCCUGAAGUCCAAGAACGUGGAAAACGAAGUCAAAGGGGACGAAGAUGAGGAUGGUGCAGUGGAGUACCAGUACGCCUACCCCAAACCUGAGGAAUCUGAGUACGAGCAUCCAGUCCAAGAAAGCUACGAGGAACCCAAGUAUGUGCAGGAGGAUCAACAAGAAGAUGAGGAAAAUGAUGUAUCGGAUGCCAAGGACAACUACGUGUACGCCCCACAAGAGGAAUACCUGGAGGAGUCUCAAAAGUCAACGGUGCAAACACGCACCAAGUACCCACACCAAAAAAUCAACGAACACUCCAUAAAAAGCCACGACGACUCCCUAUCUCAGGUGUUGCCCGUUGACUUAAGCCUCCUUAAGGGCGUGUCUUCGGAGAAAAUGAUCCCAAUCGACGUCAGCCUGAUAAAACCCAUUGAAGUCGACCUAAGCCAAGACGAUUACAAAAUCGUCGACACAACACAACACAAAGUUAACUACUCAAUUAAAGACACCACUGUUGUGCCCUCGCACGAAUUAUCCCCGGAUGAACUCAAGAAGUACCUCAGUGAAUAUUAUAACGCGGGCUUGAACACUAGGAACGAGCCGUACCUUGAAGGCGGCUUCAAACCCAUCAAAUCAAGGCCUGGUAAUCAAAUAACCCAACCCAACGUGCCGCAGACGUAUAAGAAGCCAAUGUCGACCCCAGGUUUGAGGAACUACUCGUCGAAAAAGAACGUCAAUCCACGCUACAAAUACAGCUCCAGGUCGCCUAAGUACGACCUCUUGCCUCAGAGGAGUGCCGUGGCGCCACUGCAAGUUUUGAGGGAGGAGAGCCAUAAGUCGCAGUUUACGAGGCUGUACAGGACGCCGAUAAAUCCUCACAUGAGGUACGGGAGACGAUUUAGAUAUUGAUUAAUAAAAUCAGGACAAAACUGUGAACGUUUAGGAGAUUUGAUUUAGAUAAAACGAGACGAAUAUUUAUUUAUUGCUAGGUUAAUAUUUAUUUAUAAAUUACCUUAUAAUAUAAAUAAUUAAUGUAAACAAAAAUUAAA